ACGAAUGGCAACUGGUCGGCAAUCGAUGGAAGUGCGCGUUAUCAUCCCGGAAAUCGAGGAACCUGUCCAGCCAUUGUCCUCCUAAUGGAGCGACACCAACUUUACCUAAUUAUUUUAUUAUUUAUAUCCAGUUGACCGGUCACCUUCACCCAAACAACAUGUUGCAUCCGAAACUGGGUCGCGUGAUGAACUUGGUCUACUUGCACGCCGUGGGUUUCGCCCUGUUGGGCACCACCUUGAGGAUACGCUCUUGGCGGAGAACUGUUCGCCUGGAGAAGCUCUCCUGGUCCUACUUGCUCUACAGUCUCUGCCUAAGCAUCUGCCUCAUGCUAAGCAUCUACUUCUUGUUUCCCAAAGCCGUUCUCGAUGGCUAUAUCAAGUACAACAUCAUUCUGCAGUGGAACUUCUUCAUGAUGACUGGACUCCGGGUAAUGGCUCUACUGGGCUGCUACGGCACCAUUUGGGUGAAACGCAAGGACAUCAUUGGACUUUACGAAGAUGCACUAAGUUAUUGGAAGAGGUACAGAAGCCUCUUGAGAAGCCACGUGGACAGGAAGGACCUCAAGGACCUGCAACUAUCACUGGCUCGGAAGAUGUGGAUGCAGAUAAUAGUGUGCUAUUCCACAACCACGUGCUCCACGGUAAUCCAGUACCAGCUCCUUGGUGUGAUCAACAAGUUUAGCCUUAUGGCUUUGGCGGCAAGGGUAUCGCAGUUCCUUCACUUCGUUGCCUUUAAAAUGUCCUUCUUUGGAGUCCUCAUACUGCUGGAGAACCAAUUCGGGGCCGUGCACCUGGCGCUAGAGGGUCUGCACAACCGGAAGGACAAGAAAGGAGUGAAGGCCCUCCGAUUCAUAGCUGCAAUGCACCUGGAAACAUUUCAGCUAGCCAGGAGAAUCUUUUCACUCUCCGAUAUAGCCAAUGCAGCGCUGUUCGUCAACAUGUUCAUGACCUCCAUCAAUAUCUUGUACCAUGCUGUCCAGUACAGCAAUGAAACCAUCAAGUCCAGUGGCUGGGGUGUCCUCUUUGGAAAUGGCUUGAUAGUUUUUAAUUUCUGGAGCACUAUGAUGAUGAUGAAUAUGCUGGACAGGGUGGUCACUUCGUGCAACCAUGUCGGACACCAUCUAAAGCAGUUCAGCGAUCUGCCAAGUCUUAGCAAGUCCUUCCAGAGGGAGUUGGACAUUUUCGCCAUGGAGGUGAGGCGCAAUCGUCUGGUCUACAAAAUCUGCGGCCUCGUGGAGCUGGACAAGCCAGCUUGCCUCAGCUACAUUGGCUCGAUCCUCACCCAAGUUAUUAUCCUGAUGCAGUUCGAUUUGAGGCUGAAGAAGCAGCCCAUCGAUCAUACCUAUCUUACCCAUUUAAGCAAAAACGUUAGUGAUGUGUGAA